AUGAGGAUGAUAACCUUUUUAGUGGUGGGACUGACAGUCCAUGUAGUGUUCUUCCUUUCCAUCUUUGAUAUCUACUUCACCUCCCCUUUGGUCCAUGGCAUGACACCCAAGGCCACACCCCUAACUCCACCUGCCUCCAGACUGGUGCUAAUCGUUGCUGAUGGCCUGAGAGCAGACAGCCUCUUCACCUUGCUUCCUAAUGGCUCAUCCAUGGCGCCCUACUUGAGGAGUGUCAUUGAGGAGAUGGGUACCUGGGGUGUCUCCCACACACGUGUUCCCACUGAGUCUCGCCCAGGUCAUGUUGCUGUUAUUGCUGGCUUCUACGAGGAUGUUAGUGCUGUUGCUAAAGGUUGGAAGGAGAAUCCUGUGGAGUUUGACUCUGUGUUUAAUGAGAGCAGAAAUACUUGGUGCUGGGGAAGCCCUGAUAUUCUGCCUAUGUUUGCUAAAGGUGCAAGUGGAGACCACGUCUACACACAUACUUAUCCAGCAACAGAAGAGGACUUUGCCUCCACAGACGCUUCAAUGCUAGACACCUGGGUCUUUACGCAAGUAAAAUCGUUUUUACAAUCAGCAAAGUCAAACUCCACUUUGAUGGCUGACCUCCUUAAGGAUAAGAAUGUUUUCUUUCUGCAUCUAUUGGGUCUGGACACAAAUGGACACGCUCACAGACCAAUGUCACAGGAGUACAUCAACAAUAUUGGCCUAGUGGACACUGGUGUAUCUGAACUGGUGUCUAUAAUUGGAGACUUCUUCAAUAAUGACUGCAGAACAGCCUUUGUUUUCACUUCCGAUCACGGCAUGACCAAUUGGGGUUCUCAUGGUGCUGGCCACCCCUCAGAGACACUCACACCUUUUGUUGCGUGGGGAGCUGGAAUACAAAGACCCCAAAAAGUGACAGAAGAUCAGUUUUUCCCAGACAACUACUUGCAAGACUGGAAACUGGAGCACCUCAGAAGAGUUGAUCUCAGCCAGGCUGACAUUGCACCUCUGAUGUCCUCUCUAAUUGGCGUUCCUAUUCCUGUCAACUCUGUUGGAAUAUUACCUCUUCUUUACCUGAACAACAGUGAUCAGUUCAAGGCAGAGGCUAUGUACACUAAUGCUAUUCAAAUAUUGGAUCAGUUUAAGAUGAAAAUGAGGCAGAAAAAAGAAACAACACUAUCGUGUCUCUUUACCCCAUACAAACAGCUGACAGAGCCUAAGCAAGCAGAGUUCGUUAAGAAAGCAAGAACGCUAAUUCAAAUGGAGAAGUAUGAAGAUGCGAUCUCGCUCUGCCAGGCUCUGAUAUCCUCUGCCCUUGAAGGCUUAGUUUACUACCACACCUAUGACAGGUUUUUCUUGGGUUGCAGCGUGGUGCUUGGAUUCCUAGGCUGGACCUCAUAUGUUGUCCUCGUUAUUUUGAAGACUCAUACGAGCCUUAACACGCAAACAGACAUCCUUCAACGGAAAUUUGAUCACACACUAGUGAGGCUGUGUUGGUGUGUUGCAGUGGUAAUAUGUAUGUUCCUGUUCAUCCAGAGGAGUCCGCUCACAUAUUAUGUUUACUGCCUGCUGCCUGUUCCCAUAUGGUACUCGGUUCUUAAAGAGUCCAACAUUGUAACAGACUUGAUUCACUCAGCUCCUUGCCUGCCGUUAUGGAAAUGCUUUGGUUACUUUGUGCUGGUAGCAUUUGGAGUUGAACUACUGGUGGUGAGUUUUUUUUAUCGAGCCAUGCUGACGGUGGUUCUGGCUGUCCUUUCGAUCUGGCCGAUGUUGUCAGGUCUUUUUGAAAAAGCUAAGUGCCAUUCGGUGAGCUGGUUUUUAGGCUGCCUCUUUUUGGCUGUUUUCCCCCUGAUGCCUGUUGUGGGUAGAGAGCCCAACUUAAAUCUGGUCAUGUGUGCAGGUGUGCUCACCCUCUUUAUAUCAGCCUGUUUCCUCUGGUAUUCAUGGAACAGGACAUCACUGCACCAUAGUGAUAAAAAGCAGUUCGUCAUGCAGCUGCUGCAUGUGGCCAUUUGUGCAUGCGUGCCUUUCCUCACCCACUCCAGCCUGCAGCAGAAACGGGGUCUGCCUCUUCACAAUCAGAUCAUUAGUUGGGUCACAUUAGCAUCUUCCAUAUUUGUUCCGUUGAUGAGCUCGACACGCCUGUUUCAUCGCCUGCUCAGCAUAUUCCUCUCACUGACGGCCACGUACUUUCUGCUUAGUACAGGGACUGAGGCUUUGUUCCCUCCCGUGUUAUCUUGGUUGAUGUUUGUUUGGAUCAACAUUGAGCAAGAAGCUAUGAUCGCGCAGGGCAUCUCUGGAAGGCAACAGCUCUCCGCUAUUGAUUUCUCCGCCAACAUUGACAUCUCUAAGAUUCGUCAGCUCAAGUUGGACGACAUCCGACGAUCGUAUUUCUUUUUUUUUUUCAUUAUAACAGCUUUUUUUGGCACAGGAAAUAUCGCCUCCAUUAACAGUUUUGAUCCGGCAUCCGUGUAUUGUUUCCUCACAGUCUUCAACCCGUUCAUCAUGGGAGGGUUAAUGAUGUGGAAGAUCAUUAUUCCAUUCAUUGUUGUCAUGUGCACUUUUGAGACCAUCCAAGUGACAACGCAGCUCUCAUCAAGAAGCUUGUUUCUGAUCGUCUUGGUCAUCUCUGACGUGAUGGCUCUGCACUUUUUCUUCCUAGUGCAGGACUAUGGCACGUGGUUGGACAUUGGCACGAGCAUCAGCCACUAUGUGAUCGUGAUGUCAAUGACCAUCUUCCUGAUGUUGCUCAGUGUUGUCACGCACAUCCUCACCUCACAAAGACUCGUUCUGUGGCGAAGACGCAAGAUGCACUUUACAUGA